AUCUGGGUCAAUUUCUCUUGCACACUUCAUUCAUUUUGAGUUUAAAAAAAUGACAAUGGGGAAGCUAAGGUUUAUUAUUUGUGUUUGGUUUCUCUUCAUGUGUGAAUCUUGUUUGUGCAAUUUUGUAGUGGAAAACUACAGUUUGAAGGUAUCUUCACCUGAGAAUCUAAAAGGUACAUAUGAAUGUGCGGUUAGUAGUUUUGAUGUUCCUCAACACGGAGGAACGUUAACGGGUGUUGUUGUUUAUCCAAAGGUUAAUCAAAAAGCUUGCAACAGUUUCGCUAAUGAAUUCUCGUUCAAAACCAAGACUCAUGCAGGCAGCCUUCCGGUUUUUCUUCUUGCCGAUCGAGGAGAUUGUUCCUUUAUUCGUAAGGCACGAAAUGCGCAAAAUGCAGGAGCUGCAGGUAUUCUUGUUGCAAAUGAUAAUGAGUUCUUGACCUCCAUGCAUUUUCCUGAAGUAGUAGACGGUUAUAAUAUGGUAAACCUGACCAUCCCUUCGGCGCUCAUUAACAGAUCUCUUGGCGAUUCGAUAAAGAAAGCCUUAUAUAAAGGCGAGUUUGUACGUGUGAAUCUUGAAUGGACAGAAACUUUCACUCAUCAAGAAGCAGACACGCUUGAAAUAGUUGAUGUGUGUGAGUCAGAUUAUUGUGAUGAUCAAAUACAAGAGCAUGAAUCGGAUGUUUAUUGGCCAUCACAUUUUAUGUGGCGAUCGAUGAUCAUGUCCAGCCCAUUAUGGGGAUUUCGGAUGAUGAUUAUGGAGAGUUGGUUUGAUUUUUUAUUGGAAAAUAGGAUCAUGGAAAGUGUCUUGAAAAUGUAUAAACUUUAAACGUGCAUAACUGUUGACGUGCGAUGAAAUUUAUCAUCUGGCGGAUCAAGAUCAAGUUUCUUUCAAAUUUUCAAGGUUUUUAGGCUUUUAUUUUCUUUAUCUAUUUUGUAAUUUAACUCGUGUGAAACUUUCUAAUUCAAGAAGUGAGUUCAAGUAA